CCAAACUUUCACUAACACAACUAUCUACCUUCCUUGUUCAGACUCUCUCGAUCGGGCAUUUUCACAAACACUUUCCGAAAACAAAGAAACGUUUAUUUAAAUAAAAGUUUUAUCUCCAAAACAAUUAACAACAAUGGCCAGACCUCAACAGAGAUACCGAGGCGUCCGACAAAGGCACUGGGGCUCUUGGGUCUCGGAGAUUCGUCACCCAUUAUUGAAAACUCGGAUUUGGCUUGGGACGUUCGAAACAGCGGAAGACGCCGCCCGGGCCUAUGACGAAGCGGCAAGGCUCAUGUGCGGACCGAGGGCUCGGACCAACUUCGCUUACAACCCAAAUGCGUCUCAGUCUUCGGCUUCCAAGCUCCUCUCGGCUACUCUCACGGCUAAGCUCCAUAGGUGCUACAUGGCGUCUCUGCAAAUGACCAAAGCUUCUUCUAACUCAAUUCAACAAGAACCUCUACUAAAACCACCAAGCUCCAGUUUCACUACAGCAGCCACCGGCAUUCCCCUAAAGCCCGCUGGAACCAUCUCGGAGUCGCCGGAGAAGAGAUUGAUGCCGGCGGCAGAGAAUGAGUUUCAAGCAGGGCCCGGGUCAAACCCUCAACAAGUUAAGAAAGUGAAAGUGGAACUUGGUGAAAUCAAUAAUAGCCAUAACCCAAUUCAGCAGUCGUUCAUGGUUCUUGAAGAAGAUGAUCACAUUGAGCAGAUGAUUCAGGAGCUUAUUCAUUACGGGUCAAUUGAGCUGUGCUCAACUUCUGCGUACUAGCCAUUUUUAGCUGAUGAUGAUUAUUAAUUUUAACCAACAUUCCCUCUUUGAGAAAUCAAACUACUUUAUUCCUAGUACUAGUAUUUUGACUCCAUUUUAGGAACAACCUUUUCCGAGUAACCAAAUUUUAUAAUGUUGCUGCUAGCCACUCUGUACAUCACAAUGUAAUGCAUGAUAUAUCAUUAUUAAUCUAUAUUUCUAUGCUCAAUCAAA